AUGAAUCACACAAGAAGCCUUGACAAGUACAUUGGUACAAUUGUGGUACAAGGUGCAGCAAUCACAAUUUGCGAAGCUAUUUUCUAUGUGGUCACAGGUCACAGGCUCAAAGACCAGAGCAUCAGUGACAUUGUCACGGAACGUCAGCAGCAGUUGGGUGCAUUUGCGCACGACGUUCAAGGUAUGGCGACCGUCAUGGGCGGUAUUAAAGAUCUUUAUGAGCAACUCGUCGAGAAGGAGGACGAAAUUGUGCAGUCCAUGAAUUUGCACAAGAGACUUUUAUUGGGUUUGACAAUCUGGCGCUUGCCAGCCGAGGUCCUAUCCCACAUUUUCAUCCAUUGUCUCCCGAAAACCAAGCACUUGUCGCCCGCAUCAAACCUGGCUCCUAUGCUACUGACAAGAGUGUGCCGGCGAUGGAGGGAGGUUGCUGUGGGCAUGUCAAGUUUGUGGCGCAGACUGUCUGUUAAAGUCAUUCCCGAACAUUGGCAGAGGAACGCUUUCUGCUAUGACACAUGGCUCAAGCGAUCACGAGGACGUCCAAUCUCUUUAGAACUCCAGUGGCAGGGAAAUGUCUCGACCGAGCUACAAAGCCUUCUUCAGCCUUACCUCAAACAAGUCUCGUCCAUCUAUAUCGUAUCUUUUGAAACUACCGAGAAACCUGCACUCGUGUUAAAAGACCUCCCAGCACUCCGGCAGCUGAACGUGGUGAUGUACGGUCCUUUUGCGCCGGCCCUUGAUCAAUUCAUCCAAUGCAUGCCAUUCACUCUCCGCAGUCUCCAGCUACUUGGGAUGUGGUUCGACCUCACGGGGUUAUCUGCGUUUAAUCCUUUAUUAUCUCACCUGACAAACAUCGAGAUCAACAUAUGCAACCCAAUUGCCUGCCUUCGCUUGCUCCAACUAGCUCCCAACCUCUCCUCGUUAACCAUCGGCAUAUCAAUCUACGCAACCGAGGCUUUACAACCACUCACGCACACCAAACUUCAAUCCUUAUGCAUCACUUUUGCCGUAGUAGUCACAAACCGACUACCUGACCUGUUCAAUGCUCUCUCACUCCCCAGAUUACGCGUACUUGAAGCUCGCGAAGUGGCACAAUGGCCUCAUGAGGCAUUGAAGGCAUUAUUGGAGCGGUCAAAUUGUCCCUUGGAGAGGCUGAUCUUUGGUGAUGGAGUGACGACGGACGAACAACAAGCUGAAUAUGUUGCCUUGAUUCCUUCCCUUGAAUAUAUGUGCGUUAAAUAA